AUGCGACCAUGCAAGCUGACCCCGGCUACAGUGCUGUCUGCAUAUGCUCCGGACCAGCUUCCGUCUACCCAUCAUGCCAAAGAAGUGACCAAGGUUGCCCUGCGACUAAAAUAUCAAAUCGAACAGGUCAUCCCCUGUGAACUGGAAGAGAGUGUCAUCAUCGACCCCAACAGUCGCAUCAUCACCGCCGAUGUAGUCCAAACCGCAAGACAGGCAGGAGGCGAGGAGCUUCAGGCUUGCGUUCUGUUCUGUUUGCUUGUAUGUUUACGGUGGUUCAAGAUCGAAGCUACCAAGGAACUCUGGGACUCGGAUCUCCAUGAACGGCGGGCUCUGGCGUGUGAGGUCAUCGCGAAGCGCAUCAUUGAAACCGAAGCUAACCAGGAUAUACAACUCAUGGAUACCUUGCUGAAGCGAUACUCUAUCUUUAUCGAUGGCGAGGAGACCAUGCCGGCUAAUGUUAUUGAGCGCGCGGUCGACCUUCAUGCACUACGAGUCAUCGGCUCCUCCGGGUACCAGAAAUGCAUUCGGUAUCUGUGGAAUGGUUGGUUCUGUCAACAGGAGGGAAAUCCGACCAACUUUGUGCCUUAUCAUGAGCGAGAUAAUAUCAAUUUCUCGGUCCACUUCCAUCCCGACCGGAUGCGGACUCCGCAGUACCAGAAUGUCUGCCAGAUCCUCUUCUCCGCAGUAUACCUCAUUCUGUAUACCCAGGUGAUCAACACGGUCAAUCCCAGUGGGGAUCUCGAUGUUGUCGAGGGCAUUCUCUAUGUCAUGAGUCUUGCUUUUAUCUGUGACGAGCUGACCAAACUAUACAAGAUUGGCUGGCUCUACUUUGAUUUUUGGAACGCGUUCAAUUCGACCCUAUACAGCAUUCUCGCAGUCUCGUUCUUCCUGCGUGUCGCAGCCUUUUCACACUCGUCCUCGGCCGAUGACGAACAGCGACAACAGCUCAACGAGCUGAGCUAUAAUUUCCUAGCUCUCGCGGGGCCGAUGUUCUGGAUGCGCAUGAUCCUUUACCUGGACUCCUUCAAAUUCUUCGGCGCCAUGUUCGUGGUGCUCAGAGUCAUGAUGAAGGAGAGUCUGAUCUUCUUCGCUCUUCUGUUUGUUGUUCUGGUGGGAUUCUUUCAGGCCUUCAUGGGGAUGGCCCAGGUCGACAACGACCUACCGGUCACUAGAGCCAUUAUCCAGGGCAUGGCGAAUAGCGUAAUGCAGAGCCCGGAAUUUGGCAUCUUCGAAGACUUUGCUUUCCCGUUUGGUAUCAUCCUUUACUAUCUGUUCAACUUCAUCGUUAUGACUGUUCUGCUGAACAUCCUGAUCGCCCUAUACAACAGCGCAUACGAAGAUAUUUCCGGGAACGCAAUCGACGAAUACAUGGCCAUCUUUGCACAGAAGACAAUGCAAUACGUCCGCGCCCCAGACGAGAAUGUCUUCAUACCGCCCUUUAACCUCCUCGAAAUCAUCUUCCUCGUCCUCCCCUUCGAAUGGUGGCUUCCGCGCCACCGCUACGCCAAACUCAACGACAUCGUCAUGGGGGUUCUCUACUCGCCUCUGCUCGUGGUAACUGCCUUCCUGGAAGUCCGCGAGGCGCGCCGCAUCCGCUGGAAUCGACGACGCGGGGAAGACGACGACGACGAUGUCCAGGAGUGGGAACAUGCAGCUGAACAGGUGGAUUUCGAACUCGACGAGGACUGGCGGCAGGUCGUGCAGGAUACAGCGCCGGUGGUGCAUAUGGAUCCGUGUAGUUUGGAGAUCGUGCAUUUGAGGGAGCAGGUUAGGGAAUUGGCAGAGUUGGUGAGGGGGUUGACGGAGGAGAAACAGGGGAGGGGAGGAUUGGGGAUGUUGAAUGGGGAAUCUUGUUCGACGAUUGCGGAGAGGGAGGAGGGAGGAGGUAGAUAGGAAGGAAGGAAGCAAGCUUUUGCUUUGUUUGGCUCUGCUCUGCGCUGAUCAUGUUCCUCUCUCCGUUGGUGCGGCUAUCUCGAUAUGUGAUUCCUAUUACCCGCGGAUAUGUACUUGGCUGUUGUCUGUCCUGUCUGUGUCUCAUUUAAUUUUGUGCAUAUUCGCUUGCAUUUUGUCUUAUCUUCUCUUGUCCUGUCUUGUAUAUCUGUUGCACAAUCACUUGAUCCAGUUGGGAGCGAAGGAUCAUCUUCUGUUGUUGCUGUGUUUGUUUCUAGGUAUAAAUGCCAACAGCCCAUUUAACCAAGAAAGCAAUGCAAAAGGGCAAAAGGAAAUGAGCUGCUCCUUUUUGUCCGCAACGGCGCAAAGGCAACGCAGACUAGACUAGACUACCCACACAGACGGAAAGA